AUGGCGCCUACCAAUCAACCGUUUACUUUGCGUUCAAUUCUUGAGAAAGAUAAGUUGAAUGGAACAAACUAUGCAGAUUGGAUCCGCAACCUAAGAAUUGUUCUCAGGGCUGAGAAAAAGGAAGAUAUUCUAGACACCCCAUUACCUGUAGAGCCUACUGAUAAUGCACCUGCUGCUGAGAAAAAUGCUUACAAGAAGGCAUGUCAUGCUGAUCUUGAAGUGAGUUGCCUUAUGCUUGCUUGUAUGGAACCAGAUCUGCAGAUGCAGUUUGACAACAACCAUGCAGCGUACGAUAUGAUCGUGGAGCUCAAUGAUAUGUUCCAGACUCAAGCCAGGACUGAAAGGUUCAAUGUCUCAAAGGCUUUUGUUGAAACCAAGCUAGCAGAGGGCGCAGCAGUAGGGCCACAUGUGAUCAAGAUGGUUGGUUACACUCAGAGGUUGGAGAAGAUGGGCUUCCCAAUUGGCCCAGAGUUGGCUACUGAUUUCAUUCUCACGUCUCUUCCACCUAGCUAUGGGAACUUCAUCUCGAACUACCAUAUGCAUGGGGCGGAAAAGGGCUUGAAUGAAUUGUGUGGCAUGCUUAAAAUUGCAGAGGCUAAUAUCAAGAAAGGUGAUGGCAGUAUCCAUGUGAUGGCGGUCCAAAAUAAGCCCCGAUUUAAAAAGAGGGGCAAUUCUUGGAAGAAGAAGAAGGGCAAGGCUAAAGUUGAGGCUAAAGGUGAGAACUCUAAGCCAAACCCACCUGCGCCCAAGGCUGGACCAACUGCUGACACUAAAUGCUAUCAUUGUAAGGGGAAAGGUCACUUGAAGAGGAACUGCAAACUGUACUUAGAAUCCAUGAAGGAUAGCGGCGGUAAAGGUCAUAUAAGUGAGAAUCGCAUGAAGAGGCUCCAUGCUGAUGGGCUUUUAACUUCGUUUGAUUUUGAAUCAUACGAGACAUGUGAGGCUUGUUUGCUAGGGAAGAUGACCAAGGCGCCUUUCACAGGAUAUUACUUUUACAACCGAUCAGAGGGCAAAGUGUUUGUUGCUCGGAACGGUAUUUUCUUAGAGAAAGGGUUUCUCAAAAGAGAGAAAAGUGGACAGAAGGUGUAUCUUGAAGAAGUUCAAGAUGAGCAAACAGGAAAGGACUCUACGAGUUAUGCUAAUGUAGCAGAACAAGUUGAGAUACCCGUGGCAGUAGAGGCACCGCCACAACCACGAAGCUGGAAAAGUUCCAAGCAGGAGACGAUGUCUGAUUCUACAGCAGAAGCCGAGUACAUCGCAGCUUCUGAAUCUGCGAAGGAAGGUGUUUGGAUGAGGAGGUUUCUCAUUCAACUUGGUGUGUUUCCAAAUGCAUCUAGCCCAAUGAAUAUGCAUUGUGAUAGCAAUGGGGCUAUAGCACAGGCCAAGGAGCCAAGGAAUCACCAAAAGAACAAACAUGUACUUCGGAAAUUUCACCUCAUUAGAGAGUUCAUUAGUAGAGGUGACAUCAAGAUGUGCAAGAUACACACGGAUUUGAAUGUUGCAGAUCCUUUGACAAAGGCUCUUCCACAGCCUAAGCAUGAGACGCACAUGAGAGCUAUGGGUAUUAAAUAUCUUCGAGAUAAACUCUAG